AUGCAGGUGAAGAGUGUGGAGUGUAAGGAGUGUAAGGAGUGUAAGAAUUGUAAGAGUGUGAAGUGUUUAGGAGUGUACAUACGCACCAUGUACCUGGGAAUCCAGAGUCGUCGUCAGAAGGAGAACCACAGGCGGUUCUACUGGGCCAUGAUGUACGAGUACGCUGACGUCAACAUGCUGCGUCUGCUGGAGACCUUCCUGGAGUCAGCCCCUCAGCUGGUCCUGCAGCUCUGUAUCAUGAUCCAGAGGAACCGGGCCGAGACCCUGCAGUGUAUGUCUGUGCUGGCCUCUCUCCUGUCCCUGUCCUGGGUGCUGGCCUCCUACCACAAGCUCCUGCGUGACUCCCGUGACGACAAGAAGAGUAUGAGCUACCGUGGGGCCCUGGUACACCUGUUCUGGCGCCUCUUCACCAUCUCCUCCCGGGUCCUCUCCUUCGCCCUGUUCGCCUCCGUGUUCCAUCUCUACUUCGGCAUCUUCGUGGUGCUGCACUGGUGCGCCAUGGCGUUCUGGGUAAUCCACGGCGGUACCGACUUCUGCAUGUCCAAGUGGGAGGAGGUUCUGUUCAACAUGGUGGUGGGCGUGGUCUACGUGUUCUGCUGGUUCAACGUGCGGGAGGGCCGGACGCGCUACCGUAUGGUCACCUACUACACCGUGGUGCUGCUGGAGAACGCCGUGCUCACCGCGCUCUGGUACGCCUACCGCGACCCCGCCACCACCGAUGCCUACGCCGGCUCCGCCAUCUGCAGCGUCUUCCUGUGCUUCGCCUCGGGCGUGGCCUGCAUGGUUCUCUAUUACGGGGUGUUGCACCCCAUGGGCCCCGGGCUCCGGGUCCUGGCCUCCUCCUGCUGUGCUGAGCUGCUGUGGGGCCUCCCCCUGCCCCCCGAGGCCGAACCCAUGGCCCCUACCCCGGGCCCCCGAGGCUCCCAGGCCACCCCGACACGGGCCCUGGCAGGGGACUACGAAGAGGAGGAUGAAGCGUCUACGGUCUGUCUGCCGGUGUUCCAGGUGAGGUCCACGGAGCCGGUGGACGCGGCCGGGAGACCCAUCCGGCCAGAGGGGCCCCUCAUCAAGAUAGACAUGCCCAGAAAGCGCUACCCGGCCUGGGACGCACACUUUGUGGACCGCCGGCUGCGCAGGACCAUAAACGUGCUGCAGUACAUCAGCCCCAACGCGGUGGGCAUCAGGUAUAGGGAUGGGCCCCUUCUCUAUGAGCUACUGCAGUACGAGUCCUCUCUCUGAAGGAAUGCUCUCCAUCCUUCUCCCUCUUUCUUUCUCUCUCUCAUUCUAUUCUUUCUUUCACUUCUCUCAUCCAGUCCCCCUGCAGGAACCCUGUGUGUGUGUGUGUGUGUGUGUGUGUGUGUGUGUGUGUGUGUGUGUGUGUGUGUGUGUGUGUGUGUGUGUGUGUGUGUAUUGUGAACGCUGCAAAGAAGCUGUCAAGACUACAUACAUACAGUACAAUCAUACUUUAUUUUGGGAAAACAAAAACACGCAGACAAAAAUGAUCAACCUAACAUAAAAAGAUACAUUGGAUUUCUAACACUCUUGGUUAACCUGUUAUCUGUCUGUCUGUGUGUCUGUCUGAGUGUGUUCAUAUUACUGUGUUGGUGGUGAUGAGGAUACUUGUGGGGGGACAUGUUGUUGCUGUCAUGUGACCGAUGCAAUGCCUGAUGGGAAUGAUGGAGGAGGGUUGACGCUGUGGCAGUUCUUUGCACCCCCGACACCAAACGAAACUGCCGUAUCUUUACAGAAUUGAACUCUUAAAAUGGCUGAACACAAACGACAGACUAUCAGAGCCAAAUAUUGGAAGCACCAGGCCUACAGUUGAGAAGCACACAGGUAUCAGAUUACAAAAGAACAUAUAGAUACAUAUAGACAUGUCAAAUGUCUGCACAACAUGCUACUUUGAAUGUUGACCAUCACCUCCCCAGCCCUGGACAAUGUGUAGUAUCAAUGUCAUUCUCUCUGCAGUGGUUAUCCCUAAGCACAGGUCUAGGACCAGCUUUCUCUUCCCCAAUCCUAACUGCAACUGUUUGAGGGGAAAAAGGGCUAAACUGACCUUGAAUCAGAGCUUAUAGGCAUAAGUUCCACCCAUCGCGUAACAAACAGGGACCUCUGCUGGUAGUAUUCUGUCACAGCAUGCUAGAUGUGGUCUAUCCAGAUGGAAUUCAAAACUGUGACAAAUGAGACAAGCAUUUUUGUCAUUUACAUAAUUAUUCACUCCACCGAUAUGUCUUUCCCCAGUAACAAAAGAAAAUAGCUGUGAGUUUCUCUAGCACACAGAAGACAGCACAAUGUUUAGAUGUGUUUCAGCACAACGGUUGUCGGGUGAAAUGUCUUUCUUUCCAGAAAACCGAGUUAUGACAUUCCAAAGAACUUUGCUUCGUUUUUUUUAAACGAACAACUAAAUUCUGAAUAUGAAUAAGUCAAAUAUCAAAAUACAUGAAAUAAGUUUGGACGUCACGGGGGAGACUGUUGAAAAGCAACAAUCAAACAGCAAGCACACUGUGACAUGAUGAGGCACAGGAUAGAGGUGUGGUGCAAAGACAGUGUUUCACUGAUCCUCCAGCAUUCCCUGCUGCUUCACUAUUCCUCCAGCAUUCCCUGCUGCUUCACUAUUCCUCCAGAAUUCCCUCCUGCUUCACUAUUCCUCCAGCAUUCCUUCCUGCUUCACUAUUCCUCCAGAAUUCCUUCCUGCUUCACUAUUCCUCCAGAAUUCCUUCCUGCUUCACUAUUCCUCCAGCAUUCUCAGCUGCUAGAGAGAUAAUGUCAAUGUUCUGUACUCUACCACACACUCUUUCUUUCUCUCUCUCUAACCUCACCUUUUCCACUCUUUCUCUCUCUCUCUCUAACCUCACCUUUUCCACUCUUUCUUUAUGUUCGUUUACCACGGAGGUAUUAGGUUGAACAAUAAGCUCAUUGGGUGCAAAUACUUGUCGCAGGUUGUUAAAACAGAAACCUUGACAAGCAUGUGUUGAAAUUCCGAUCACCUUGUUAUACUUCACUCUUGUUGUUGUGUCCUUUUUUUUUGUACUGGUUAAAAUGCUGCUGCUGCUGACGACGACGAUGAUGAUACUUUGCCUGAGUGUACCAUAUUUUAUUUUUGGGAUUUAUUUUUACUCAACAUGUUGCAGUGAGUGUUUAAAAAGGUAUACUCAUCUUGUGCUCUGAAAGAGAAUACUGUCUAGGGAGUACAGGUAAACUGUGCUGGCUACUGCUAGAGCAGUUCAAAACAAAGCCAAAUCACAUGUCACAUGGUACUGUCUCCCCUUAGCUCCUAGCUCCUAGCUCCUAGCUCCUAGCUCCUAGCUCCUAGCUCCUUGACCUCUAGGACUAGCCAAUACAAUACAAACAGGUGUGCCAUGUUCCCUCCUGAGUCCACAGGGGGGCUAACUACUCCUGAGUCCACAGGGGGCUAACUACUCCUGAGUCCACAGGGGGGCUAACUACUCCUGAGUCCACAGGGGGGCUAACUACUCCUGAGUCCACAGGGGGGCUAACUACUCCUGAGUCCACAGGGGGGCUAACUACUCCUGAGUCCACAGGGGGGCUAACUACUCCUGAGUCCACAGGGGGGCUAACUACUCCUGAGUCCACAGGGGGCUAACUACUCCACUAUGGCUAUCUAUCCAUGGGGUGAUGGCCAAAUAAAUCUUGCCUUCUAUGGUCUAUAGGAGCUUCAGAGAGGGCUACUGCACAAACAAACUAAUGGGAAAAGGUGAAUGGAUGCAUUUCAUAUGCCAGUUAGUCCAUUUACUUGACCAGUUGUCUGGGUGUAACAUGUGUUUUGAUAUUGUGUGUCAGUGUGGCAUGAUAAUAGUGUUAAGUAAGCAUUAGUACUGUACUGACUUAGACAUGGGGGGAAUACCUACCUGGGGCUCUCUCUGACCCCUCUGUGACCUGCUGAGGUUAGAGGUUAGAGGUCAGCCGGGGUGGAGAGAGAGAGAGGGAGACUGACGGGGUGAGAGGGUCUUGCCAGGGGUGGAAAAGAACACGAGGACAGUGUGUGACAGGGAAGGGUAUGUGUGUGUGCGUGUGUGUGUGUGUGUGUUUCUCCCCAGCCCGGUCACACAGCCCUGUUGUCUUGCCAACGGUUUGGCUCCACCCCUGGUUGCUGCUCUGCCCUCUCACCACUCCCAUGGUGCCGUUCCCAUGACAACCUUCACUUUCUGUUCCUGGAUGCUGAACAGAGGGGUUGCCAUGCCAACCUUCACUUCCUGGUUACUAACCAGAGGGGGCGGGGCUGAAUGACUGGAGAUACUCAAGUGAGGACAUGCAAUGAGGUGCACUGCCGUUACGAGGUGCUGAAAUAUCUGGGUGUAGGCUAUAAGACUACAACCCUUCACCAUCUUGGUGUGUAGGGCUAAGACUACAACCAUUCACCAUCUUGGUGUGUAGGGCUAAGGUUACAACCAUUCACCAUCUUGGUGUGUAGGGCUAAGACUACAACCAUUCACCAUCUUGGUGUGUAGGGCUAAGGUUACAAGCAUUCAGCCAUGAUUAUUGAGAGUGACUGGGUCAGCUCCAGUGGAACGUCAGACUCAGUAAUUUCAGUAUAAUACUCCUUCCUGUCAGUAUGCAACUUCUUCUUCUAUGUUUUCUGACAGUCAGUGAUCUUUUUACUUUUAUUUUGUCUGAAUAUAAUAGAAUCAACAGUGAACAAAAACACAAAAUAAAUAAACAAACAGGCCAAACCAGGGAUUGGUUCCUCAGGACCAAUAGGAUCAUGACCACUGAACCAGCUGACUCAGGGGUCUCUCGACGCAGUCAUGGGCUAUUUAGUGCACUAGUUUUGACCAGCGCCCAUAUGGCUCUGGUCACAAGUAGUGCACUACGUAGGGAAUAGGGCGCCAUUUGAGACGCAGCCACGGCAUGUCCUCACGGGUCUCCGUCCUUCCUCAUACUGCAAUGCAUUCUGGUAAACUGUUGUCUUCUGGGAUACCGCCAAAUGUUUUAUUACAUUUUUCUCUCACAUGUGUGAGGCUGUGUGUUCUUCAGUGUUUCGGUGGGCAGAUGUGUUUUGUGUGAGUUGGCUGCCUGGUAGGCAUUGAUUUCAUGGUGCAUUCCUUCCUUCCCCUGUAAAAAAAAAACAUAGACACUCUCCCUUUAGAUAUAUCUAAUAGAUAAGGUAUAUUAUAAAAGGGUAUAUGUUAGAGAUAUAUACUGUAGGCAUAUACAUCAAAAUCAGGUGAAGGUAAAUACACUGUGAUCCCCUCCAUAUGCCAUCAUAGCCUGUUGCCACUCAAUACCAGAUGGCAUGGCAAUGUUACUCUUUAUUCAAUGGUGCUUGUAUCCUCACAUUAAACCAGUAUAUUUCAAUCAUUAUUUAACUCACACAUCUCUUCUAAUGGCACGUUUUAGAACAGGCUUUAGCUCAGAGACCUAACAUAAGUCUUGUGGCUCGCGAGCAUGACACUUGCAAUUCCAAGGGUUGUGGGUUUGAUUCCCACUUGGGGCCAACCGGUAUAUAUAACAUGUAUGCACACUUGACACUUUAGAUAAAAGUGUCUGCUA